AUGCCAACAAGUAUUCACGCUAACGCUGAAAUCCCCGCGAAACGCGUCGCUCCGACAAGCCGUGGAAGCUCAGCCUAUGCUCGCAAACGUGCUGUGAUUGCCUGUCAAGUAUGUCGGUCCCGUCGAACCAAGUGCGAUCAGAAGAAGCCCGCAUGCUCCUUCUGUGUGUCUAUCGGGGCUGAGUGUGUCUCCGACCCACCCGCGUUGUCAGCUUUCGAUCCAGCCAGCGUUGCCAUAAUUGAACGACUGGACCGACUGCAACAGGAAUUCAGCCACUUCGCCCGUGCUACAACAACAGCUUCUGAUCCCAAAGGUGAUGCGGGUUAUGAGCCACCGCCGAAGAACAUCAAUCUAGAUCACACGUCGCAGCAGCAAGUUCACCACAUUCUCAAGUGGCCAAUAUUUCGCAAUGAGACCAACCCUGCUUCAUUGCGAAGCCAAUCCCCAAAUUCUUCCGUGUCAUUCAAGAGUCCCAGUCACUGGCCAGAGACACCGAAAUCCACGGAUAACGGCGUUAUCAAUGACGAAACCCAUGCCCUACUGCUUGAUCAGUUUUUCGUUCAUGUGCACACUAGAAAUCCCAUCCUCGACGAAGUCAACACCCGUCAGAUAAGUGGGAAAGUUUUCAACCGAAGGAUAGGCUGGGACCUAGAGUCAUGCCUCAUUCUUCUCGUCUGGGCGAACGGAGCGGUGGGGUGUCCACUCCCUACUCUCGCCCUCUCUCGCAAAGAUUUUGAGCAGAGUCAGGGGGUAACAUUUUUCUACGCUGCACAACAGCGAUUAGGCAUCGCCUUUGCCCAUACAAACAUUCGUUCUGCCCAAUGCUUUUUUCUUGCUGGGGUGUUCCUUAUGUCUGCCAUACGACCAUUUGAUGCUUGGCGAAUGUUUUGCCAAGCUUUGAACAUUUGCAAGAUAGCCAAAAGGACCAUGACCUACAGUCCAGACGAAGCUGGUAUUUUAGAAAACCUAUUUUGGUCUUCUUGGAAGUCCGAGCGAGAGGUCAAUAGGGAGCUUUGGAUGCCAUCAAAACAUCCAGAUUUUGAGUUGCCGAAUGACUUCCCGGGUCUCCCAGCAAUAUGCAAAGAAGAGAAUCUCAAAACCUGGUAUUUUUAUUUGUCCGAAAUAUCAGCCUGGCGUUUAGAAACCCAAGUGGCGGAAGAAAGCACGAGAUUCGCCCUCGAGGUGAGUGGAAAUCUCGAGGACUUCACGCGGACUGCCAAUGGCCUCAUGGAACAAGUUUCAGACUGGCAAAGCUCGCUCGCUGCAGAUGUUUCCAUCACUGAUGAUCUUGAGGAGGGAGAUAUGCUACGACUGAUACUGAAAGCUCGCGCAUUGUAUAUCUCCGAGUUGAUCUCGUGGCCAUUUGUCUACGCACUAAUUCAUGACCGCAAAGAACCGACUCUUGAUUGUGUGCAGAAAUGGACGUCAAAGGGGUUAGAGACCCAUUUGCAAAAGUUAAAUAAUCAUCGUGUACAGUUCUAUCAUCGGCAUGCCGGGACAUGGCUUAUGAUUCGGAGCUGCGCCCGGAGUGUUGGCAUUCUGAUCGGCGCCUCGAAGUCUCCACGCGCGGAGGAUUUGAUGCCCAGGAAUUGGCGCAGAGCGGUGGAGGCAUCGCUUGAAAUGCUUCUAUUUUGGAAAGAGCAUGACAGCACGAUUGUGGACGUCGUUGAUGAUAUAUACGCUCUUUAUCAAGACCUUUGA